AGGCUCCAAGCCAUGAGCUCCCUGAAGCGCCCGCGCGAGGAAGAGCUGCCGACCAGAUGGCUGGACCUCAAGCUGGCGACGCGGGAGAACACGGCGAAGUACGGAUACUUCAUUGACGACACGGUCGUGAAUCCUGGCCUGGGAAUCCCCUUUUACAAGACAGUCCUCGAGGGCGCCAACUACAAGGAGGCGACCUGGAAGGACCAGUGCUGCGUGCGCACCUCGCAGAUCCACUGGCGCGAGGACCACACCGUCACGUGGCUGGAGCGGCACAUGGAGAUGACGCAGGGCUUCCUCGUGCUCGGCAGCAACCCUGGCCUGUUCGUGUUCGGCGAGCCGACGCACGAUAGGGAGGACCUGGACGAGAAGCAGCGGUCCCUGCCAGAUCCAUCGAAGAUAGAGGCCUUGAUCGUGCCGCCGGGCCAUGGCAUCAUCAUCAAGAAGGGCACCUGGCACGACUUCCCGGUGUCUUGCGGCCCGCCCGUGUCCGCCUUCAUCAUCAACACCGAGGAGGUGGUGGCCGCGCUGGCCUCGAUGGCCGCCCCGGCGCCCAUGGACCACGGCGACUGCUACAAGCUUCGGCUGGCAGAUCACUUUGACUUCAAGUGGAAGUUCCGCGAUCCGCGUCCGUUCGUGAAGCAGAUGGGCCUCGUGCCGCGCCCCAUCGCGCAGCCGGCCAUGGGCCUGCAGGGCUACGGCGUCGACAUGGAGCGCCAAGAGGUCCGCGCCGGCUGGGGCGGCUCCACCAGGGUGUUCGUGGUGCCGGUGGUGAACGUCGAAGUUUUCGUCCCCGGCUGCGGCGGCCCUGGCAUCCAGCCGCACCUGCAGUCGACGCCCGAGAUCGCCAACAAGG